CCGCAGACGGACCCCGGAGGAGCAGGGGGCGGAGCAGGGACGAGGCGCGCCCGGAGGCGCCACAGCGAUGGACGCAACACCCGUCUCAGGGCUCGGCGUGCGGCCCCCGAGUCGGGCCUGAAGGGGGGUCUCCCAUGCCCGGCUGUGUCUGAGCCGCCCCCAGGCCCGGAGCCGGGCACGAACCUCUGCGAUGGGCAAGAAGCGGGCCAAGGGCAGGGCCGAGCUGGCCGACCACUCUCCGGAGGCGCUAGUGUCCGGCUGCAGGCACGUGCGCAAGGGGCUGGAGCAGGGGACGCUCAAGAAGGCCCUGGCGGGCCCGGCGGAGUGGGGAGCGUGCCAGGACUGCCGCGACGACAACCGCGCCCGGGACCAGGCCGCCGCCGCCGAGAAGCCCUCCGUCUGGCUGUGCCUCAAGUGCGGCCAUCAGGGCUGCGGCAGGGAGUCCAAACAGCAGCACGCGCUGAAGCAUUUUGAGGCCCCGAGGUCGGACCCCCACGCCCUGGUCCUGAGCCUGGAGGACUGGACCGUCUGGUGCUACUUAUGCGACGACGCCGUUCACUACAGCGUCUCCAAGCAGCUGGGCCAGACCGUGGAGUACGUCAGGAAACACGCCGGCCGCGGGACGCCGGGUCCAGGAAGCGCCCCGCUGCUCGCCCAAGGGGCCGAGCUGGCGAACAAGAAGCUGGAGAAGGACAGCAGGAACGAGCAGCAGAGGGAGCGGAGAGAGGGGCCGGGCGACGGGGGCGUCCCCCCCAGCCCCGGCCGCCUCGGACCCGUCCGGGGGCUCAGCAACCUGGGCAACACCUGCUUCUUCAACGCCGUCAUGCAGAACCUGUCCCAGACCCCCGUGCUCCGGGAGCUGCUCAAAGAGGUGAAGAUGUCCGGGACGAUCGUCCGCAUCGAGCCCCCCGACCUGGCGCUGACUGAGCCUCUGGAGAUUGCCUUGGAGCCCCCCGGCCCGCUGACCCUCGCCCUAAGCCAGUUCCUCGGCGAGAUGCAGGAGAACGCCAAGGGGCCCGUCACCCCCCGGGAACUCUUCGCUCAGGUCUGUAAAAAGGCCGCCCGCUUCCGGGGCUACCAGCAGCAAGACAGCCAGGAGCUGCUCCGCUAUCUACUGGACGGCAUGAGAGCCGAGGAGAGCCAGAGAGUGAGCGUCGGGAUCCUGAAAGCACUCGGCAAGUCCACCGAGAAGCCGGACGAAGAACUCCGGAGGAGAGUGAAGGAGUACGAAAAGAAGAGGUCGACGCCGAGCUUCGUGGACCGAAUAUUUGGGGGCGAAUUGACGAGCACCAUCAUGUGCGACGAGUGCCGAACGGUGUCCCUGGUUCAUGAAUCUUUCCUCGAUCUGUCUCUCCCCGUGUUAGACGACCAGAGCGGAAGGAAAAGCCCCAACGGGAAGGACGUGCCGAAGUCCGAGGAAGACCGGGACGGAGCCAGCGGAGGGGACGAGGGGGACGGGGACAGCGAGCGCUACGUCAAAGCCAGAACCGAACCCGCCGCGGGCCUCAGCAAGCACCUGCAGAAGCAGGCCAAGAAACAGGCCAAGAAACAGGCCAAGACCCAGCGCCGCCAGCAGAAAGUCCAAGGGCGAGUGCUUCACCUGGACGGCAGCCGCCGCCCGCUGCCCCCGGCCGCCCCCGAGGGGAGCGGACCCUCCACUCCGGAAGAGCCCAGCGCCGCGCCGGACGCCGCCGAGGAGGAGGAGGAGGAGGAGGAGGAGGAAGAAGCGGCGGCGGCGGCGGCCCGCCCGGAGAAAGGGGCGGAAGCGAGUUCGAACGGGCCGAGCCGGGACGAGGCCGCGGCCCCGAGCCCCGGGAGCGAAGCGGCCGAAGCGGGGGUCAGGGGAGAGGACCUGGCCGCCCGCCUGGCGGGGCUCUGCCUGGACGCCGCCCCGAGGCCCGCGGGCGGGGAGGGCGAGGCGGGCGCGGCGGGCGAGGCGGGCGCGGCGGGCGAGGCGGGCGAGGCGGGCGGCCGGGACCCGGAGGCGGCCUUCUGCACGCUGGCCGGGCGGGAGGCCGCCAUGGCCGACGAGGGCUCCGUCCGUCACUGCCUCUACCAGUUCACCCGCAACGAGAAGCUGCGGGCGGCCGACCGGCUCCUCUGCGCCGUCUGUACCCGCCGCCGCCGCCACGGAGCCGCCAAGGCCGGCGGCCCAGGCGAAAGGAAGCACGUUUACACUAACGCCAAAAAGCAGAUGCUCAUCUCCUUGGCUCCCCCCAUUCUAACGCUGCACUUGAAGAGAUUUCAACAGGCCGGGUUUGCCCUGCGCAAGGUGAACCGGCACGUCAAGUUUCCCGAAGUGAUGGACCUGGCUCCUUUCUGCACCACCAAGUGCAAGAACGUCCCCGAGGGCCACGCGCGGGUCCUGUACUCGCUGUACGGCGUCGUGGAGCACAGCGGGACCAUGCGGUCGGGACACUACACGGCCUACGCCAGGACGCGGCCCCCCGGCCGCCGCCUCGCCCACCUGGUUCUCCGGGGGGAGAUGCCGAAAGAGCCCGAGAGCGAGUCGGCCAAGGGACAGUGGUUCCACGUCAGCGACACCCACGUGCAGGCCGUGCCCACCACGCGCGUGCUCGGCUCCCAGGCCUACCUCCUCUUCUACGAACGCAUCCUGUGACGGCGGAGCCGCGGGCAUCCGGGGACGAUCCCGCCUCCGCCCGAAGGAAAACGGUUACCUUGGACCCGGGAAGCGGGCCGGAGGCGGCC